AUGCAAUCUUCUACAACCGUCCGCGCGCCCGCGUCUCCUGACGACUCGGCGCCUGACUCCCCUUCCAUCCUCCUCCACAACAUCUCGCCUAUGGCCCCCAGCCCUCGUAAGAGCGUGCGUCUGGCUUCCAGGGACCCAGGGUCGGUGCGCGCCUACCUCGCAGCGCGGGGUGUCGUGCCCGGCCCCGACGCUACGUCUCUCCAGCUCCAGAGCCUCUUCGACCAGCUGUCAGCGGGCUCUACCUCGCCCCUCCGGGACUUGGUUCCCCCUCCCCGCAAACGUCAAUCCAAGACGAAGCACACUCAGGCGAAGCGCGCCUGCCUCCCGCGGCCUCCUCUCGCGGCCUCCUCUCGCGGAUUCCGGGCCUUCCCCUGGAUCCUCGGGCUCUUCUGCUGCGGCCUCCCGGGCUCCUCCACGCGCUCGUAG